AUUUUAAAGAAGAGCUUCCAAAAAUAAAGGAAGCAAUAGAUAAGGCAAGCUUUCUAGCAAUUGAUGCUGAAUUUACAGGAUUAAGCAAUGGACAGACUGAAUCAAUACACUCAUUUGACACGCCUGCAGAAAGAUACUUUAAACUGCGUAAGGCUGCCUCAGAAUUCCAAAUUGUGCAAUAUGGCCUUGCAGCAUUCCACUUUGAUGCUGACACAGAAAAAUAUGCAGUACAGACUUACAAUUUUUAUAUCUUCCCCCGUCCAUUUAGCAGACAAGCUCCAGAUGUUAGAUUUCUUUGCCAGAGUUCCAGUUUAGAUUUUCUUAUAUCACAAGGUUUAGAUUUCAACAAAGUCUUUAGGGAAGGAAUCUCAUAUUUAACACCAGCAGUAGAACAAGAUCUCAGGGAUAGUUUAGAGAAAAGGCAGAAGUCAUACAAACAGUUCUCCUCACCAGCCUUCACCACACCUGACAGUGGCACAUAUAAAAGUCCAGCAACAGUCCCAGAAGAGCACAAAGCUUUUAUAGAUGAUAUAUGCAAACAGGUUGAAGAGUUCACUAAAGAUAAAACCAAGGAAUCAAUCCAGUUAGACCCAUGUAAUGGCUAUCUCAGGAAACUUAUUUACCAAACUGUACAGCUCAGAUUCAAAAAUGAUGUCCACCUAGAAGCUAAAACUCUAGAAAAUAAACAAAGGUGUAUAGUGGUAGCCAGAGGUAAAAGUGAAAAUGAUCUCAAGCAGCUAGAAGAAGCGAAGAAAGAAGCUGAAUGGCAAGAGUUAGAGGAUGCAGUUGGCUUUUCUAAAGUUAUUAGACAUAUAUCUCAAUCAGGCAAGUUGGUGGUUGGCCAUAAUAUGUUCCUUGAUCUCUUACAUACUCUACACCACUUCUGUGCUCCACUUCCCGAGGAUUAUGAAGAGUUUAAGGCUAUGGUGAGCUGUGUUCUGCCAAGAAUCAUUGACACCAAACUUAUGGCAAACACACAGCCAUUCAAAGACAGAAUAGUCACAUCAGCCCUGGGUGAAUUGCAGACCAUACUUACAAUGCCCCCAUUCUCUAAGGUUCAUAUAGAGGCUGUCGAUGGUUUCCCUAACUAUGAAAAUAAUAGUGAUAGUCUCCAUGAGGCUGGUUACGAUGCUUACGUCACUGGACUCUGUUACAUUGGAAUGGCUAACUACUUAGGUUCCAUGUUAACCCCAGCAGUGAAGCAUGCCCUAACUAAACCUGAACUUACACAGCCAUUUUCAAACAGGAUAUUCUUGAUGCGAGUGCAUGACAUUCCUUAUAUGAACAUGAGUGGGGAGGAAGAAAAGCCGAACAGAGAUCAUGUAUUCCACAUUAGGUUUCCUAAGGAAUGGAAGACUGCCGACAUCGCUGCACUCUUUACACCAGUGGGAAAUGUGCAAGUCGUGUGGCUGAAUGACACAUCAGCGUUUGUUGCCUUGUAUAGAAAAGACCAAGCGCACCAUGUUCUAAAGAUGAUUAACAAGCCAGGUGAACAAUAUUACGUUAUGACCUAUGAGGCGUAUCAUGCAGGCCUACACACCAUGCCACCACCCUCUGCCUCUCGUAAACGUCGACCCCCAACAUCUGACGUGGACCUCCCUCCCAGGAAGAAGGCAAGCCCAAUACCAACGAUAACAAAAUUCAACCUUGACGCCUCGCCAUUUGUCUCUCGGAAAAUCACUCCUAUAAUGGAAGAAGAGGGCUGCAUUGGAUCUGAGGAAGUGUCAUUAGCUGAAAGUGAUACAUGUAAAAAAUUCCCUUCCUCCCCAGAAGAUUUAGGUGAACCUGUGUUGAAAAGGUCCAAAAUACUAAACAAUGUUUCAGAUAAGACAAAAAGUAACUCAGGAGAGAAGUUAUUUGAAGAAGAACCAUGUGACAAUGUAUAUGAAGUAUGCCAGCACAACUAG